AUGGCAGCUCAGCAAAGAAUUCGGUCCUCCAACCUUAUGUCUCAACAAGGAAUUUUAAUAUCUAAUGUCGAGUCGCAUAGUGUCACACCCACCAUACAAACGCAAUAUGCAAUUCCAGCUAGACAUAAGCCUAAUCCCGGAUCGUUCAUAUUUGAAAAAUUGGCAUUCCUUGACCCCCGAGUCUCGCGUUGCUAUGGUUGUGGGGACCAAUUAAAGCCAGGGGGUAAUUUGCCAUCUCCACCUAAUGACCUGGUUAUGACAACACGACUGCACCGAAGGUAUUACAAAGAGGGACAGUUGCAAGUUUCGCUAGAGAUAAAACCAGUGUAUCUCAUG